AUGGCUUCCUUUCCGACCGCCGUGCGGUCAACCAGAAGACUCGCAAUCAAUCUCACCCAGCGACGCUCCAUUGCCGAUGUUGUCGUCACCCGUACCGGCAAACCCAUUCUGCGGUCGCAGGGCGGACGACACUCACUCGGAGGUCACACCGCGACGGUAUUUGGCGCAACUGGCCAAUUGGGACGAUACAUUGUCAACAGACUUGCUCGUCAAGGAUGCCAGGUCGUGAUUCCGUACCGGGAGGAAAUGGCCAAGCGUCAUCUCAAGGUGACGGGUGACCUGGGCCGAGUUCACUUUCUCGAAUACGAUCUAUACAACACGGAAUCCAUCGAGGCCAGCGUUCGCCACUCGGACGUCGUCUACAACUUGAUCGGCCGCACCUAUCCCACCAAGAACUACAGCCUAGAGGACGUUCACGUACAAGGAACCGAACGUAUUGUCGAAGCCGUGGCCAAGUAUGAUGUCGACCGCUACAUCCACGUCUCUUCCUACAACGCCGACCCCAACUCCCCUUCUGAGUUCUUUGCCACAAAGGGACGGGGUGAGCAGGUUGCUAGAAGCAUAUUCCCCGAGACCACCAUUGUCCGACCCGCGCCCAUCUUUGGCUUCGAGGACAACCUAUUGAUCAAGCUGGCCACCCCGGCUAACCUGUUCACCUCGAAUAACAUGCAGGAGAGGUACUCCCCAGUUCACUCAAUCGACGUUGGCAAAGCCUUGGAGCUCAUGCUCUAUGACGAUAGCACAGCUGGGCAGACCUUUGAACUGUAUGGUCCCACCGAAUACUCGACAGAGGAGAUCGCCGAACUGGUCGAUCGCGAAAUCUUCAAGAAGCGGAGGCACAUCAACGUUCCCAAGGCCAUCUUGAAGCCCGUCGCAGCACUCUUGAACAAGGUGCUUUGGUGGCCCAUCCUGAAUGCCGAGGAUAUCGAGAGGGAAUUCAUUGACCAGCAGAUUGACGAGGCCGCCAAGACUUUCAAGGAUCUCGACAUUACCCCUGGCGACAUCAAGGACUUUACAUACCACUACCUCCAGGGAUACCGAAGCUCGUCAUUCUACGACCUGCCCCCGGCAACGGAGAAGGAGAGGAGGGAAGACAGAAAGUACAUCCAUGUUACGGAUGAGUUGUAG